CGCAGGCGCAGUGCGAGCCUCUUCCAACGGCCGCUGAGCGCAACUGUCGGGAGAGGGAGAGAGCUAGGGAUAAACUCACCAACAACAACAAUAACAACAGACUUUCCAAUAACAAAGUGACGCAGCGGGCGCGCUCUUUCGCCAGUUUCUCCACACGCUUGCUCAGCGGUCCGCAAGCGGAGAGGAAAGGCGGCCUGUGAGUAAGGAGGGGCGACGGAGGAGCAGACAGGAGGGAGGGGAGCCGGGGUGUCUGCGCUCUGUCUCUCUCCAUGUCCCGUGGAAGAGGUGACCCGCGAGUGAUCUGCAGCUUUUGGGCCCGACAGGGCAGGACAGCCUCGGUGCUGAGCCCGUAUCCACAGUGCGGCCUGUCUUCUCACUGGAGAUCAGUAGAGGGUGUCACCCAUUGUAAUUGGGGGUAACUGACACCCCUUGGCCCAGCAUCUCCAGGCCAACCCCACCCCCUCUCCUGGCUGUAUGUAUACACACAGCUGUCAUAUAUGUACAGGCAGCUGUCAGGUCCUAGCGGUGUCCAUGAGCCGCCCCCCUCCUCUCCCUCCUUCCAAAGGGGUGCUGUGUGUACCUGCUCCCUCCAUAUGCGGCCCCAAACGUAUGGACAGUUUGCUGCCUUGAUACCGGCCACAGUUGCCUCCAAAGGAAAGUGGAUCUAACCUGCCCCCCCUCCUCGCUCCUGGACCAAGCCUUCUUCACCUUGCAAGGUGCCUGUUUCUUCCUGGCAAUCAGACGAACAGGAUUAUCUUACCCCCCAGGCUCCCCAAGGCUUAAGUCAUGCAGGCACCCCAACUUCAGUACGAUUUCUUCAGCGAAGAAAAUGCCCCUAAAUGGAGGGGUCUGCUGGUAGCCUCCCUGCAGAAGGUUCAAAAGCAAGUUCACCCUAAUCUCUCAUCAGCAGAGGAUGCUCUCCAGUAUGUUGAAGAGUUAAUUUUGCAGCUGCUAAGUAUGCUCUGCCAAGCACAGCCCCGCAGUGUCCUGGAUGUUGAGGAGCGUGUUCAGAAAACCUUCCCCCAUCCCAUUGAUAAGUGGGCAAUUGCUGAUGCUCAGUCAUCUAUUGAAAAGAAAAAGCGGAGAAAUCCAUUAUCUCUACCUGUAGAUAAAAUACAUCCUUUAUUAAAGGAGGUCUUAGGUUAUAAAAUUGAUCACCAAGUAUCUGUUUACAUAGUGGCAGUAUUAGAAUACAUUUCUGCUGAUAUAUUAAAACUUGCUGGGAACUACGUACGGAAUAUACGACAUUAUGAAAUUACAAAACAAGACAUCAAAGUUGCUAUGUGCGUUGAUAAGGUUUUGAUGGAUAUGUUCCAUCAAGAUGAAGAAGACAUAAGUGUCCUGUCCUUAGCCGAGGAAGAGCCGUCUGCUUUAGGGGAACAAAUGUACUACGACCUUGUCAAGUCUUUUAUGGCAGAAAUUAGACAGUACAUAAGGGAACUCAACCUCAUCAUCAAAGUGUUCCGAGAACCAUUCGCCUCCAGCUCAAAAUUAUUUUCGCAUCAUGAUGUGGAAAAUAUAUUCAGCCGAAUCAUUGAUAUCCACGAACUUAGUGUGAAGCUUCUGGGCCUUAUUGAAGACACUGUGGAAAUGACUGAUGAAGGAAGCCCUCACCCAUUAGUUGGAAGUUGCUUUGAGGAUUUAGCAGAGGAGCUUGCCUUUGACCCGUAUGAGUCUUAUGCUCAGGAUAUUCUGCGGCCAGGUUUUCAUGAUCAUUUCCUUGGUCAGCUGUCGAAGCCCGGUGCAGCUCUUUAUCUACAGUCCAUAGGGGAAGGCUUUAAAGAAGCUGUACAGUAUGUUUUGCCACGACUCCUCCUCGCUCCCGUUUACUACUGCCUGCACUACUUUGAAUUCAUAAAGCAAUUAGAGGAGAAGAGUGAAGAUGAGGAAGACAAAGAAUGUUUAAAGCAAUCGAUAACCGCCUUGCUAAACCUUCAGAGCAGCAUGGAGAGGAUAUGCUCCAAGAGCCUCGCAAAGAGACGUUUGAGUGAAUCUGCUUGUCGAUUUUAUAGUCAGCAAAUGAAGGGAAAACAGCUGGCCAUUAAGAAAAUGAAUGAGAUUCAAAAAAACAUUGAUGGAUGGGAAGGUAAGGACAUCGGACAAUGUUGCAAUGAGUUCAUCAUGGAGGGUGCCUUGACCCGCGUUGGGGCCAAACACGAGAGACACAUAUUCCUUUUUGAUGGAUUGAUGAUCUGUUGUAAGUCCAAUCAUGGACAACCAAGGCUACCGGGUGCCAGCAAUGCAGACUAUCGUUUGAAGGAGAAAUUCUUUAUGCGGAAGGUACAGAUCAACGAUAAGGAUGACACUAAUGAGUACAGACAUGCCUUUGAGAUCAUUUUAAAAGACGAGAACAGUGUUAUAUUUGCUGCUAAAUCAGCAGAGGAGAAAAACAAUUGGAUGGCUGCCUUAAUAUCCCUGCAGUACCGAGGUACCUUAGAACGAAUGUUGGAUGUGACUAUGUUACAAGAGGAAAAGGAGGAGCAAUUGAGGCUCCCGAGUCCCAAGGUGUACAGGUUUUCAGAGCCCGACUCUGAGGAGAAUAUUGUGUUUGAAGAAAAUGUUCAGCCCAAGUCUGGGAUCCCCAUCAUCAAGGCCGGGACGGUAGUGAAACUCAUCGAGAGGUUAACUUACCACAUGUAUGCAGAUCCCAACUUCGUUCGAACGUUUCUUACAACAUACAGAUCUUUUUGCAAGCCUCAGGAACUUUUAAGCCUUCUCAUAGAAAGGUUUGAGAUACCAGAACCGGAACCUAGUGAAGCAGAUCGCAUCGCGAUGGAGAAUGGCGACCAGCCCCUUAGUGCAGAGCUGAAGAGGUUUCGUAAGGAGUAUGUGCAGCCAGUACAGUUACGAGUGUUGAAUGUUUGCCGGCAUUGGGUAGAACAUCAUUUCUAUGACUUUGAACGAGACCCGGAUCUGUUGCUACGACUGGAAGAGUUUAUUGGGACAGUGAGAGGUAAAGCCAUGAAAAAGUGGGUAGAAUCUAUCACGAAAAUCAUUCAACGCAAAAAACAGGCUCAAGCCAAUGGACCUAGCCACAAUAUAACGUUUGAAAGCUUGCCUCCCGCCAUAGAGUGGCACCUCAGCAGAUCCAGCCAGAAUUUCGACUUACUCACGUUGCAUCCGAUAGAAAUCGCCCGACAGCUGACUUUGCUUGAGUCUGACCUUUACAGGGCUGUGCAGUCCUCUGAACUUGUAGGAAGCGUAUGGACAAAGGAAGAUAAAGAGGUCAAUUCUCCCAACCUCCUAAAAAUGAUCAGACACACAACUAACCUCACUUUGUGGUUUGAAAAGUGUAUUGUAGAAACCGAAAACCUAGAAGAAAGAGUGGUGGUUGUGAGUCGGAUCAUUGAAAUACUCCAGGUCUUUCAAGAGUUAAACAACUUUAAUGGUGUACUUGAAGUUGUAAGUGCUAUGAACUCAUCACCCAUUUACAGACUGGAUAACACCUUUGAACAAGUCCAGAGCCGCCAAAGGAAAAUUUUAGAAGAAGCUCAUGAACUGAGCGAAGAUCAUCAGAAGAAAUAUUUGGCUAAACUCAGGUCAAUUAAUCCACCGUGUGUGCCUUUCUGCGGAAUUUAUUUGACAAAUAUUUUAAAAACAGAAGAAGGCAACCCUGAUUUUCUGAAAAGGCAUGGGAAAGAACUAGUGAACUUCAGCAAGAGGAGGAAAGUGGCGGAAAUCACUGGCGAGAUCCAGCAGUACCAGAAUCAACCUUAUUGCUUACAAGUUGAACCUGAUAUCCGAAGAUUCUUUGAAAAUCUGAACCCAAUGGGAAACACUGCAGAAAAGGAGUUUGAAGAUUAUUUGUUUAAAAAGUCUUUGGAAAUAGAGCCACGAAAUGCAAAGACGCUGCCAAGAUUUCCAAAAAAGUACACUUAUUCGCUUAAGUCUCCUGGUGUGCGUCCAUCCAACCCCAGGCCGGGUACAAUGCGACACCCAACACCUUUACAACAAGAGCCAAGGAAAAUCAGUUACAGCCGCAUCCCCGAAAGCGAAAUUGAUUGUGCAGCAUCUGCUCCAAACUCUCCUCGGACCCCCCUGACCCCACCUCCUCCAUAUGCAGCAACCAGCACCACCGACGUGUGCAGUGUCUUUGAUUCCGACCUCUCCAGUCCCUUUCACUCUCGCUCUGCUUCAAUAUCGUCUAUAAGCUUUAUUAAGAACUCUGAAGAGAUGCAAGUUCCUCCACCUGUUCCACCUCGAAGACGGCCGGAGUCUGCUCCAACUGAGUCAUCACCAUCAAAAAUGAUGUCUAAACAUUUGGACAGCCCUCCUGCAAUCCCACCUCGUCAACCCACUAAAGUUUACUCUCCAAGGUACCAGAUGUCCGAUCGCCUAUCAGUCUCUGAUCCACCAGAUAGCCCCCCACUUUUACCACCACGAGAACCAGUGCGUACACCAGAUGUCUUUUCCAGCUCUCCAUUACACCUUCAACCUCCUCCUCUGGGUCGGAAAGGUGAACAUCACAAUACCUUCUUCCCAUACAGCCCAUCACCAUUUACCCCACCUCCUCCACAGACUCCAUCCCCUCACGGGACAAGAAAACAUCUGCCAUCUCCCCCCUUAAUAGCUCAAGAUAUCGAACUCUCUUCCACCACUGGGCCUCCUGUCCCACCCAGACAAAGCACUUCUCAGCCAAUCCCAAAGCUGCCACCAAAAACUUACAAAAGGGAGCCUCCACAUCCAUCCAUUCACAGAGAUGGCCCUCCCCUCUUGGAAAACACAAACUCGUUGUAAUGCAAGCAGUGUAUUGUAAACACUAAGAAAGAAAGAAGAAAAAAAAAGCAAACAAAAAACUUGACUUUGGAAGCAAAACAGUCAUGAAAAGAUAAACUGUAUACUGAAAAGAAUGCAAUGAAUAUAAACUGAAUUAAAGAGAUAAAAAAGGGACAACAUGUUUUAUUCCAGUUCCUGUGAGAUGACAAUUACACCGCAAAAUAAAAAUAAAAGACUAUUGAUCGUGCAGUACUAUGUAAUUUGUCAAGGAGGUAGUGGAGAUGUUUACCAUUUCACCUCUGGCGAGGCCAUUUAAAGACAGGGAGUUUGAAAAAGAGAAUGUUAUGCACUUUUUGUGUGUUUGCGUACAUACACACACAAAUGAAAGGUUGUAGCCAUACAUUUUCCUCUGCUUUAUGCCAGUUUGGGUUCCCCAGAUGUCAAACGGGCUUAGAACCUUGACACUUGAAGGAUAAAAGUGAUUUGUGUCAUAUCGUGUGUGGGACUGUAGUGAAGAUCUGUAGUACCUAACUUUAUAAAGGUAAAGUGCUGUAUUGCAGUUCAGUUUACAAA